UCUAGAUUACACGUUAUUUUUAUCUUAUUUGUUUUGUAUAUUGUCAUUAUUAAUAUUUAUGUAAGCUAUCAUGUUAAUACUUAAUAUAUUUCCUAAGUUAGUUACAACAGUUAGGUUUUAUCCAUUGAAGUAUGCAGUCUGCAGAAUGUCAUCUGCGGCAGUAAAUGUGAAGUUCCACUACGGGCUGACAACAUCAGACCCGGAUACACAUCCAGUGCUGAUUGUGGGCCAGGCGACACAUUUGAAUACAUUAACAUGGCAAGAUGUACGGUGUAAACUUGAACCUAGAGUUACUGAAGAGGUAUGGCAGCGAGGACUAACAGUAGUAUCUGGUGGUGAUUCUUGCGAGCUGUGGCCGCGUGGAGCAUCACUUGCCGCACUACCCGCAAGGCGCUCCCGUCACGCUGCGCCCUCUAGAGGACACGCUCUCUCCAAGAUUGUAAAGAACGGACAGCGUGGUAAUGUUAGCGAGGAAUUUGUUGUGUUGGUAUGUCGCAAACAAGACGUACUAGCUAGUGCGGUGGCGAUCGCCCGUGCUGUGCCUCAGUACUCUGCUCGUACUGACUCCGCCCCGCUGGGCUCCGCACCCGCACCUCCUGAGCGCAGAGACCUUACUGUCGAGAUUGUACUGGUCGCUGAUGAGAAACGUGAAGGUGAAUCCGAUGAGGAAGAGAUGGGUGUUGUAGAUUCUGUACUGCAAGAGAGAAGUCUGAGUGAUGGUGAAGUGCGUACACUGCAGCGGUUGGCAGACAUGACCCGUCUCGCAGCUCGUAUCACUGAUACACCUGCUAACAUCAUGAAUGUAGACAAUAUUAUUGAGGAGGCAUUUGCAGUUGCCAAAUCCCUGAAUAUAGCUGAACCAACAGUGAUCAGGGGUGAGGAGCUGCUCGCCAGGGGUAUGGGCGGACUGUAUGGGGUAGGGCGUGCGGCAGCGCAGCCCCCAGCCCUGGUCUGCUUGUCGUACCGAGCGCCCGGGGCGUCACAAUCCGUGGCAUGGGUCGGCAAGGGCAUCGUAUAUGACACCGGAGGCCUCAGUAUUAAGGCAAGGAGUUCAAUGGUUGGUAUGAAGGGUGAUUGUGGUGGAGCUGCAGGGGCUUUGGGUGCAUUUGCUGCUUUCGUAGCGGAGCAACCAAAUAUAAACAUACAUUGUGUACUUUGCCUCGCUGAAAAUGCAGUCGGACCUAAUGCCACAAGACCAGAUGACAUCCACCGCCUGUACUCGGGACGUACUGUUGAAAUUAAUAAUACAGAUGCUGAAGGUCGUCUAGUACUAAGUGAUGGAGUGGUGUACGCACAGAGAGACCUUAAAGCUGAUAUUAUUGUGGACAUCGCCACUUUAACUGGAGCUCAGGGUACAGCAACUGGGAAGUAUCAUGCUGCGAUAGUAUCCAACUGUGGACGUUUAGAGCAUCGGUGUGUGGUUGCUGGUCUCCGAUGUGGGGAACUGGCACACCCGCUGCCAUACGCACCAGAGCUACACUUCCCGGAGUUCACCAGUGUUGUUGCUGAUAUGAAGAACAGUGUUGCGGAUCGUAAUAACGCGCAACCAUCUUGUGCUGGUCUCUUUGUGUUGUCACAUCUCGGCUUUGAUUUCCGCGGAGGCUGGCUACAUAUAGAUAUGGCUGCGCCUGCGCACUCUGGUGAACGAGCUACAGGUUAUGGAGUUGCGCUUCUAAAUGUACUAUUCGGAGCUCACUCCUCCAGCCGACUGCUGCGUGCUCUCGCUCCACCUGCGCAAUGACGUCACACACCCCCCACACCCCCAACACCCCCAACACUGACCCACUGGUGACAAAUGUCACGUCACAAUACUAUGUCAUGUCAAAAAUUCCCUAACAUUUAAAAUAAACUAACACCCCAUUAUAAAACACCAUUAACAACGACCCCCUAAACUCGCAUCCCUAAUUUUUCAUCAUUUAUACCCACCCCCUGCUCACCUUACCAUCAUUAAACAAACAUACAGUCAUACAGAUCUAAAUCCUUGUUGAAUUAUGUCACCACCAUGUGAGACAAGAACCCCCAAACAACCCUUAAAUAUAACUUAAACUUUGUCUUAACAUUAGGCCUUUUAAAAUUGUAAGCAAUAAAUUAGAAUAAAGUUAUAUCAAGAAAAUUAAUCAAAA